CGGAUACUUUUGAGUGUAACACCCGUUGUGCAUACUACAGGAGUUAUUAUGGCGCUGUCUGUGUCCAACUUAGAGAUCUGUAAUUUAGCUUAUACAGGCAAAUAUGAAGAAUUAAAAAAAUGUAUUUUGUCUGACAGAAGUCUGGCAGCGAAAACAGAUCAGGACAACAGGACUGCGUUGCACUGGGCGUGUUCCGCUGGACAUGCAAAUAUCGUGCAGUUUCUUUUGGAUCUUGGAGCUGAGGUGGAAAUUAAGGAUGAUGCAUCUUGGACUCCUCUGCACAUUGCAGCUUCUGCAGGAAGAGAGGAAAUUGUUAGAUUUUUAAUAUGCAGAGGAGCUCAACUGAAUUCAGUCAACCAAAAUGGUUGCACCCCAUUACAUUAUGCAGCAUCAAAGGACAGAUAUGAGAUAGCCCUGAUUUUGCUGGAAAAUGGUGCUGACCCUAACGCCACAGAUAAACUAGAAUCCACACCUCUACACAGAGCCUCGGCAAAGGGGAACUGUCGUCUCAUCCAACUUCUCUUAAAACAGAGCGCUUCUACUAAUAUUCAGGACUCAGAGGGCAACACCCCGCUCCAUCUUGCAUGUGAUGAAGAGCAAGUAGAGGCUGCAAAGCUCUUAGUUGAACACGGUGCCAGUAUUUACAUUGAGAAUAAAGAGGAAAAGACACCUUUACAGAUUGCCAAAGGUGGACUUGGUAAUAUUCUUAGAAGGAUUGUAGAAGGUUAAAAUUAUUAUAAGAAGGUUUGUGCAUCAGCAGUUUCCAGCUGUUCAGCUCUACAGACGUGAAGAACUCCUGUCGAUGAACAUGGUGGACUACUGCAGAAAGUGGGAAUGUGUUUGUUUUGUUUUGUUUUGUUUUUUUAAGAAUUAGAGCCUUAAAAGUAAGUGUUAAAAAAUUUUUGAAAUAUUUUGAUAUUUUUGAUUUAAUAAAUUAUGCACUUCUCUUCAAACUACUUUUAACACAUUAAGGAUUGUUUUUGGAGGCAGGAUUAACAUUUUGACAUUUUACACAUCAUUAGUUCAGUCAAUUAUUUCACAAAAAGGAAAUAGGGGAAUAAAUGAUUACAUACACCUAAUGUUGUUAUGUUUGCUUUCAUACACUAUACAAUAUGUUAUACUAGAGCUGACACAUAUGAAAAAAUACUACAGCAGUUAACAUUUUAGGAAAACUUCCUUUAGUGAUUAGUUAAUAUUAAUUAUAGAUAAUGUUUGCAGAGUUGCUUCAAUAUACAGGUUUCUUGUUAAAAAAAAGAGCAAACUAUCACUGUUUAUUGCAAUAAAGCCAAUCUUCCCUCA